UCAUUCCCACGGGACUUCCUCGUACACGGCCUAUUUGCCAAGCAAUUCGCUAUCCUGGGCUUGGGUGAUAUUGUGGUGCCCGGUAUUUUCAUCGCGAUGCUACUCAGAUUCGAUGUGAGCCUGCAACGCAAGGACAGUAAACUAUACUUCUAUACCGGCUACAUCGCUUACGUGGUGGGUCUGGCUACCACUUUCAUUGUUAUGCACGUGUUCAAAGCAGCCCAGUCCUCGCAAGGUUCCAAUUUGUGUGACAUGCAUAUCCACAUGUUGGAAUAUGAGGUGCUCAUCCAGCUUUGUUACGAGGACGUUCCCGAGCAUAACGAAACUACUCAAGAUAGUUCCACGAAGCCUGCGAAAACGACUACUGUGAACAAGAUCCCAUCCAGUGCUAGUGGCAGUGCAAAUACAGAUCGGAAAAAGAAAGUGAACUGA